AUGGCGGAGGCGACAAGAACACCAUCUAAGAUUCUCCAUCGUGGCCUCCCGGACGAGAUCGUGAUAUGGGAGAUCCUCCUCCGCCUGCCCCCCGAAUCCGUCCUCCGUUGCCGCGCCGUCUGUCGCGCUUGGCACCUCGCCACCUCUACCCGCGACUUCCUCCUCGCCCACCACCGCCGCCAGCCCUCCCUACCUAUCAUCUGUGGCUACGGAGACGACGUUGCUUACCGCGAAAACAUUCUCGUAUUAGAUCACCGGGCCACCGACGGUCAGCUCCAAUGUGUCGCCCGGCUUGACGACACCUUUUCUCCCCGCGCCUCCUGCGACGGCCUCCUCAUUCUCUCCAAGUAUGACAUUAGUGCUGCCCUCGUCUUCUCCAUCUGCAACCCUGUCACGCGUCAGCACGCUCCCCUCCGGCAACUGUCAGGGUUCAGUAUAUUGGGAAUGUACUUGCACCAGCCUACAUGUGAGUACCGACUGCUGCUGCGCGGAGAGUCGACUGUCGGACAUCUGCCAAACAACGCAGGAAGUGGUUGCUAUGUCUUCGCUUUGGGCUCCGACCAGCCACCAAGAUACAUUGGAACACAUGAGACACCUUCCUCUUUGAGCGGCAGGUCAACUGCCUUAGUCCGUGAUAGCCUGCAUUGGUACUUGGUGGUGCAAAGGCAGCUGGUAUUGGUAUUCGACACCACAUCUGAGUCGUUCAGGCAUAUGCGUGCUCCAGUUGUUUCCGGCAACUCAGAUAUCUUUGAGAUGGAUGGCACACUCGGCAUCUAUAGCCGUGACUACGACACGGGAAAUGUUGAUAUAUGGGUGUUGCAGAACUACGAAUGCGAGGUUUGGGACUGCAAGUACCGCGUCAAAUUGCCGGUGGUAGAAAUCUCGGGGCAACUGGAAUCCUGGCAUUACUACUGGGAUGUGAGGGUUGUGUUGGCAGAUAGUGACGUUCACUUGAUGGUCACCUAUGGCAAGUGUCUGUGUUAUGUUGAUACUGACGGCAAACUGGUUGCUAGCUUCCAUCGCGGUCGCCAAAUCUUAGAUUCUUGCCAAGGUCAGCUCAAACAAACUCUUGUUCAGCAUAACUUCUUCACUGCACUACAAGGAUAUUCUGUGAACCCUUGUCCUUUCGUCUGA